AUGGCACCCUCAAUUCUCCAACCUGAAGCUGACGCUUCGGCGCAAAACUGCGUUGCUGCUAAGCAGCUCGCUCAAUCUGAUAGCCCCUCUCUUCUUCACCGAUCUUUACUAGAGAGGCCUCACACGGUGAUCAGGGCCAGCGGAAGUUAUCUUUACCUUGAAGAUGGUAGGGAAAUACUGGAUGCAUGUGGGGGUGCCGCUGUUGCCAUCGUUGGCCAUGGAAACGAUGAAGUUGCACAGGCAGCCCUGGAUCAGAUGCGCCAGGUCAGCUAUGUGCACACUCUCUCUUAUACGACUGACUCGGCUGAAAAUCUCGCACGGAGAAUCCUGAAAUCUGUUGACUCGGGUUUUGACCACGGUUUGGUGAAGGCUUUUUUCGUGGGAAGUGGAAGCGAGGCCAAUGAUGCGGCAAUGAAAUGUGCUCGGCAGUACUGGUAUGAGAAAGGACAAACUCAGCGCCGUUAUUUCGUUUCCAGACUACAAGCCUAUCAUGGAAAUACAAUAGGUUCCAUGUCAGUGUCGACGAUGGUCGGCCGCAAGAUUCCCUACGAAGAUAUUUUACUUCCUCAUAUUUCGCAUGUAAGCGCAGCGGAUGUUUAUCAUGGCAUGAAGGAUGGAGAGACAGAGGAGGAGUUUACGCAACGCCUUGUCGCAGAGAUUGAGUCAGAAUUCUUGAGGCUAGGACCGAAGAACAUCAUAUCAUUCAUGGCUGAGACGGUUGUCGGAGCAGCGUCAGGUACGAUGACGGCUCCAAAAGGCUACUGGCCAGCCGUACGAGACUUAUGCAACCAAUAUGGAGUUCUUCUUCAUCUGGAUGAAAUAAUGUGCGGGAUGGGCCGCACAGGAACAUUGUUCGCCUUCGAGCAAGAAGGGAUCCAGCCUGACAUCGUCACUAUCGGAAAAGGCCUUGGCGGAGGGUAUUCACCUAUCGCAGCGAUGCUUAUCAACAGCACUAUUGUUGAUAGUCUUCGGAAAGGGACGUCAGCUUUCAACCACGGGCAGACCUACCAAGCUCACCCAGUAUCAUGCGCUACCGCUCUCGCUGUUCAAAACAUUUUGAGACGAGAUGGCCUUCUCGAAAGGGUGCGAUGUCUGGGGUCAAAGCUAUAUGAUCUCCUCUCGACCACAUUCGGAGGUUGUGAUUACGUUGGUGACAUUCGGGGCCGGGGCUUGUUCUGGAGCCUUGAGUUUAUGGAAGAUAAAGCGCAAAAAUGUCCCUUCUCCAGAGAGUUCCAUUUUGGUCCUCGCGUCCAGCAGGUGGCUUUUAACAUGGGCGUCGCUAUCUAUCCUGGGUCAGGUACUAUCGAUGGUCUGAAUGGUGACCAUGUAAUAUUUGCUCCACCAUACACGACAACAGAGGAGGAGCUCGAAGUUGCAGUUGCUGCCGUUAAAAAGGCCUACGACGAAGUAGUUGCAGCCUACUUUAGUCUAGAACAUGCUACAUAA